GGUGAGAGAAGAUGGCUUUUGCCUACAUAAUCACACACUCCCUUUACUUUGGUGGCAACCCGCCCCACCACCACCACCACCACCACCACCAACCUCUCACAUCCAGUCCCUCCCUCCAUCCUCCACCUCCCUCUGUGUCUGCUUUUCUCACAGAGGACCUGCAGAAUAAUGGAGUCCCAUCAUGCAGCAGCAGGUCUCAAUUUUUUCAGCAGAGCUUUCAGACCAGCACUUACCGAGUAAACGCUCCUUUUUAAUUUCUCGGCACAAGGGCUUCUUUCAGAUAUUUUUUUCUGCGUCAUGUCUUUUUAUGACGUCUGACUUUUUUUUCCGUGUUUUGAUGUUUAUAUGAGGGGGAUCAACAGGCCCACCAUGGUUUUCCCAACAUAAAUCAACAGUUUUCCUACAUUUUAGUGCAGGCUGUUUACAUAUAACACGGAAUAAGAAGACCUCAUUGGGCAUUUUUUUAAAAGCAGUAGCUAUACUUUCUAAAAGCGGGUAUGGGCCAGUUCCUCGCCUCACAGAUGGGUCUUUUGGAGGCAGAAGCUCUGGAGCUGGGCUGCUUCAGAUGAAGAGAGCAGCUCAGGUUUUUGUUUGGAGAUUUUACGACAUGGGCUGAGCUCCUGUGAUGACUGUUUCUCAUGAAAGCUGAUCAAUUAUCCGAGGAUGGACGAAGGAAGACGGAGACGGAUAAAACGUAUCGGUUGGACAAUAGCUUAAUAUCUUUACCUCAUCUUUACGCGGAAAGCGCGCACGCACUGGCGCGGGACACCGCCGCAGCAUUUGAGCGCACAGGACUGGAGUUAAGCAGAGCUUCCUCACAACAUAGUUUAAGGUUUUACAGUGGAGUUUGGUUUAAGUGUGAGUAGAAGUUUUUAAAUAAAAAGUGUUAUAUUCAGAUUUAAUACGUUAUACUUUAUUCAUAAGAUAAAACGACAAUGCCUCUUUGAGUCUUGUGUUAAAAUAAGCAGGCACGUGUGUGAGUGGUGUUAUAUAAUUUCUUUAGCAGAUUAGAUGUAGUCAGCAGAUGUGGUUUUUCUUUUUUCCACAGAGCGGUUUUGACCAAAAUUAGCCUGUUCAAAGUCGAUAUCAAUUAUUUGGCUUUUUGUGUUAUGAUAAAGAACAUUCUGGUGACUUCGUUUAAACCCUCAGUUUAAAAUAUUAAACCACUUUGCGCAAACUGAGACUCGGCUUUGGUUUCGGUCAACCACAGUGAUUUUUACCCCGGUAGUCCAGUCCCUCUUGUGUUCUCAACCGGACAAUGUUGCUCCUCCGCCUCUCGCUGCUGCUCUUCCUCCUCCGGUUCUCCGGUGUGUUGCUGGUGGAGGGGAUCAACACGUGUCAGUCCAUCAACCUGGACAGGCAGAAGUCCCGGCGCAUCGAGGCAGUCCGCGGACAGAUACUGAGCAAGCUCCGCAUCCGCAGCCCGCCGGACGACGACGACGACGACCCUCAGCCGAGCCCGGUCCCGGCGGAGGUCAUGCUGCUGUACAACAGCACGCGGGAGCUGCAGAAGGAGCGCGCGCGUCUGGCCGAGUCUGCGUGUGAGCGCGAGAGCAGCGAGGAGGAUUAUUACGCCAAGGAGGUGCAGAGGAUUGACAUGCUGCCCCCCCGCACCGACACAAAUGCAGUUCAGCCAACGGCCCCCAACCCCCACUACAGAGUAGUCCACUUUGACGUCAGCAGUGUGGACCUAACCAACAGCACCCUGGUCAAAGCUGAGUUCAGGAUCUUUAGGGCUCCCAACCCACAGGCCCGGGCCUCUGAGCAGAGGGUGGAGAUCUAUCAGCUUCUGAAGCAAGAUGAGGAAAGCACCUCCACUCAGCGCUACAUUGACUCCCGCACCAUGCAGCCAAAGGCGAAGGGAGUCUGGAUUUCUGUGGAAGUCACUGAGACCAUUAAGGACUGGGUGUCAGAUGCAGAGAAUAAUCUGGGCCUGAAGUUGGGCGUCCACUGUCCCUGCUGCACCUUCAUCCCGUCCACCAACAACAUCGUUCCCAAUAAGAGUGAGGAGCUGGAGGCUCUGUUUGCAGGUGUAGACGAUGAGCAGCUCCGUCAGAUCAGAAAGCCUGGUCAGGUCAAAGGUCAGGCAGACUUUACCACCAAGACGCCACACCUCAUCCUUACCCUGCUGCCCAGUGACAGAGUGGACAACCCGGCCAAGAAGAACCGCAAGAAGAGGGCGGCUGCCACAGACACCUCGACCUGCUCCCGCGGCUCAGACCAGGGCUGCUGUCUGCGCUCGCUUUACAUUGACUUCAGGCGGGACCUCAACUGGAAGUGGAUCCAUGAGCCCAAAGGUUACAAAGCCAACUUCUGUGCUGGAAACUGCCCAUACCUCUGGAGCGCCAACAACCACUAUAACAUGAUCCUGCCCCUGUACAACAAGCUGAAUCCUGAGGCCUCGGCAACCCCCUGCUGCGUUCCCCAGGACCUGGAACCCCUCACCAUCAUGUACUUCAUCGGCCGCACGCCACGUGUUGAGCAACUCUCCAACAUGGUCGUCAAAUCUUGCAAAUGCCGCUAGAUUGAUGGGAAGAGGUGAGGCAGGCAAAGAGGAUUAUUAAAGGCCCUGGACUACGAAUUGCUUCAUUCAUGAGGGAAACAAAGACCACAGGACAGAUGGACCCUUUGUUCAAUAAUCUUUACAGACUCAUCACACUUAAGAGACUUUUCCGAUGUUAUAUUUCUACGCUACGUGACUCAAAUGUCCGGAUCUGCUGCGAUUCUUUAAAGGCAUGAAAACCUUCUUCAUCUCUGGAUCUUUCUGUCUGAUAUAGGACUGUGUAAAUAUGACAACAUGGCUGUAUUAAACCCAUACUGUAUAUUAAAAGGGGGUGCUGUGUGAUUGGGCCACAUUUGGUCUGAAUGAAAAGGAUUCUUUUUAUCAGGUUUUUUGAUUCCUCACAGGUCGUAUAUUCCUGUGGCCAUGGUCAGUAGAGCGAGCUAGGCGUGUUUGCUUAGGGUUUUAAGGUGUUGAUAGGAUGGAGGCGGUGUGGAAAGGUUUUCGCAGACUGAGAUCUUUAGGGAGAGGGAGGCAGGGAGCAGAUAGAAAAGAGAGAGAGAGAGGGAGGCUGUGUCCAGGCUGAGGCCCUGCCAGCUCUCUGCGGUCCCGGGCUGAAAUCUGCCCGGCGUAAACAGGAUGUGAAAGAUUUCCAGACACCGACCCGACCACUCACGGAACGCUAGAUUUAAACGGUCCCCUCAUCUCCUCUGUCUCUCUCUCUCUCUCUCCCACUCUCUCUCUCUCUCUCUCUCUCUCUCUCUCUCUCUCUCUCUCUCUCUCUCUCUCUCUCUCUCUCUCUCUCUCUCUCUCUCUCUCUCUCUCUCUCUCUCUCUCUCUCUCACUCGAGGUUCUGGGAUUUGCGGUGGGAGGAAAGAGGGAGAAAAGAGAGGCUUUGAAAAUGAGACGUGGGAUGAUAGGGCUGUAUUUGGAACGGCUACAACUUUGGAAGGUGGUAUUUUGCAGCCUUAGCAAAUUUGUAACUCUUUGAGUUUGACUCAAACGUUCGGUAAUCUCACUCCUGUGCUCAUUUUCUCAAUGUGCAUUUGUUAUCCUAUUGUAAAAAAGCUGUUGACUCAUUGCUAUUCUUACGCCCUGAUUAUAUUUGUGUCUCACCUGUGUUUAACCAUCAGCCUCACUCACACACACACACACACACUUGGUUUCUCUCCACAUUGACCACUCUUGAUAGAAUGUCUAAAAGCUGGAAAUAAAAAAACAUCUCCAAGGCUCAUUUUAAA